AUGUGCGCCGGCACGAAAGUGUGGAAACCAAGGGGAGUAGCCGUUAUCGAACUGGACAUCUCAUCACUCGAACAGGAGACUGUCGACGAGCUUUUCCAAAGUGUAACCUACAUAAAAAUGUGCAUCACCAUGCGACAAUCACAAAUUCAGUACCUACGCAUGCCGAACCUGGUCGAAGUGCACACAUGCAAGAAAGGUCGCCCAGCAUUCACUAUAGAGGGAAAUCCGAAACUAGAGAUCAUUCAUGGAUCCACAACUUUUAAAUGGGAUGUCAGUAUUGAGCCCUUCUAUGUUACUUACAACCCAGCGCUAAAACAGUACCCUCCAUGGGAGAAAUGCAAGUACUGCGUGUUCGAGCCAAAUACGAGGUGCGGAGUGAUCUGGCCGGCCCUGGCUUAUACUACACUUGAAGAGAUUCUGCAGAACUGUAUGGGAAAACCAAGGAUUGUAUUCAACGAAGUGGUCACUGUCACGCAGGAGCAGUUCACACAGCUUUGUUUUCAAGCCGUAUAUCUGCAAAUGUGCUUCAAUAUCACUAAUACCGAC